UCGGCCAGAAGUUAUUAGUCAGCUCGGGACGAGGCAGUUUCCCAUUCCAUUUCCUCAUCUGUAGCCUUCUGCCUUAACCCUCCUGUAUGGUGGAUAUUCUACCCCAUCCUUCUUUCUUGGGUGAUAUGGGGGAUCAUUCAAAAAAGAAGUCUGGAAUCGCCAUGUGUGUAGGCUGUGGAAGUCAGAUCCAUGAUCAGUACAUCCUGCGAGUGUCCCCGGACCUGGAGUGGCACGCAGCCUGUCUGAAGUGCGCAGAAUGCAGUCAGUAUCUGGACGAGACUUGCACUUGCUUCGUCCGAGACGGCAAGACGUAUUGCAAGAGAGAUUACGUACGAUUGUUUGGGAUCAAAUGCGCCAAAUGUAACAUCGGUUUCUGCAGCAGUGACCUGGUGAUGAGGGCCCGGGAUAACGUCUAUCACAUGGAGUGUUUCAGGUGCUCGGUGUGCAGCAGGCAUUUGCUCCCGGGAGAUGAGUUCUCUCUGCGGGACGAGGAGCUGCUCUGCCGGGCAGACCACGGGCUGCUAAUGGAGCGCGCUUCAGCCGGGAGCCCCAUCAGUCCCGGAAACAUUCAUUCCAACAGGCCUCUGCACAUCCCAGGUAAACCUGUGCCAGUUCGACAACCACCUCACCGGAACCACGUUCACAAGCAGUCUGAGAAGACCACGCGAGUUCGGACAGUAUUAAACGAAAAGCAGCUUCACACUCUCCGGACGUGUUAUAAUGCAAACCCGCGACCGGACGCGCUAAUGAAAGAACAGCUCGUGGAAAUGACCGGCCUGAGCCCACGCGUCAUACGAGUGUGGUUUCAAAACAAACGCUGCAAAGACAAGAAGAGGUCCAUGCUUAUGAAACAACUACAGCAACAACAACACAACGACAAAACGAAUCUUCAAGGUCUCACGGGAACGCCUCUGGUGGCAGGCAGCCCGAUUAGACAUGACACCACAGUCCAGGGAAAUCCUGUAGAAGUUCAAACCUAUCAGCCUCCGUGGAAAGCCUUAAGCGAAUUUGCCUUACAGAGUGACCUGGACCAGCCUGCUUUCCAACAGCUGGUGUCAUUUUCCGAGUCGGGUUCGCUGGGUAACUCGUCUGGUAGUGAUGUGACCUCUCUGUCAUCGCAGUUACCCGACACCCCCAACAGCAUGGUGCCCAGUCCCGUUGAGACGUGAGAGCCCACCGGAGACUCCUGCCCCAGCAUGCCCUCACCCGCCCUGCAUGAAAACCCAUCACCUCACCGCCUCAAACGGAAAAAGGGAUUAACCGAGAUGGAUUUAAACAGUUUGCCAAACGGAGGAGCCUGUCCAAGCGACUUUGGGGUUUCCAGACGUGUUACAAAACUGUUUUUAAAGCAUUUGGACCGAAUAUUGAGGACGUCCAGCGGAAUAUGAACACAUUAUUUUGGUUUUGACUAUGGACCACUGUCAACCUUACGAAACAGCAGUCUUAAAAGUGUUUAUUCAAGACCAUCAUUGUGUAGCUUUAUCAACAAGUGGUAUUUUCCUUAUAAGACAAAAAUCAACUUUUUGUCUCAAUGUGCAUGAUCUCUCCGAAGAUGUAUAAAACUGAGCUGUAAAAUAUUUUAUCGUAACGAAUGGAGGAAAGAUUGUAUAAACUUCUCGAUUUAAAAAAGUAAGUUAUUGUUAUUUAUUGUCAGGACAACCGUCCAUACCAAAAAUUGAGAAAUUACCUAAAUAAACGACGUUAAAUGCUGUUUAUGUCUGAGGAAGCCUGCAUGCAAAGACAACCAUAUCAUGUUACCUUUACAUAUCUUUUUAUAUUAUAGCAAAAGACACUUGAGUUACAAAGGUGUACUGGUUACUGGACUGGAAAUAACUGUCCAAAGAUCUAGUAAAAAGAAAAAGA